GUUUGCCUCCAAAUGUCAAUGCAGGCAGUACUCAUUAAGGACGGCAAGGGGCCUGUGGAGAACCUCUACAUCGGGGAAACCUCGAUUCCAACUCUCCAACCCGGCCAGGUGCUAGUCAAGGUGAAGGCUUUCGGUCUAAAUCGUAUGGACAUAUCGCAACGCGAAGGACAUUACCCACCUCCGCCAGGUUCCUCAGAUAUAUUAGGGGUGGAAUUCUCUGGGGUUGUCAGCAACGCCGGCACUGAUAUUUCGGAGUGGAAGGUUGGAGAUGAGGUUCUAGGCCUCGUAGGAGGGGGUGCCUAUGCCGAGUACAUUGCCGUCUACCACACACAUUUGCUCAAAAAGCCCAGUCACUUAACGUGGGUCGAAGCUGCCAGUAUUCCGGAGAAUUUCCUAACGGCAUUCCAGGCACUGGUUUUAGUCGGGAAAGUAACGGAAGGUGACAAUGUUCUCAUUCACGCGGGUGCAUCCGGCGUGGGGGUGUCCGCCAUCCAAUUGGCUCGCGUGUACGGCGCACACACUGUAACAGCAACGACGUCCACGCAAGAAAAAAUUGACUGGCUCUUAAACCUCCCAAAUGGAGCUACACAUGCCGCCAACUAUAAAACGGAGGAUUUCGCUGCUGUUGUUAAAAAGGUUACUCAAAAUAAAGGAGUCGAUGUUGUCAUCGACUUUGUUGGGCAGAGCCAUUUCAGUCAGAAUAUCGAAGCGAUGGCGGUGGAUGGAAGAAUGACAAUGCUUGCCCUCUUGAGUGGGGCGGUCGUUGAUAAAGCAAACUUAGCCCCGAUAUUGUAUAAACGGCUUCAUAUUGAAGGGUCUACCCUUCGUUCGAGGACCUUGAAAUAUCAGGCUGAACUAAUUGCUCAGUUCAAACAAGAAGUUUUUGGGAAGAUCACGUCGCAAGGCGGUGAUGGGCCAGUUCGGACCUACAUUCACAAGGUUUUCCCGUGGUCCGAGAUUCAAGAAGCACACAAGGAAAUGGAGACCAACAAAAAUGCAGGCAAAAUCAUAGUGGAGGUAGUCUAGACUGAGUUAUUUCUUGUUCGCAGACGAAAUCAUUCUCUGAAAUCACGAUGAGUCGCC